AUGAGUGGGCAGCUGGGUGUGGUCUUGAGUCUUGAAUCUUGAGUUAGAUAAUCCCUUCAAAGCGAAAUGCCGCUUUCCUAGGGUGUAUGGUGAAAACUUGGUGGCUUCUACAGGCACUUCAGGGUUGAUAUGUGGCAGCCCAGUGAACAUGAACAUCCUCGCUGACUGUAACCACCACCUCUCCUCACACAUGCAGAAAGAAACACACAGAGUCAUGUACACUCACACCCACAAUUCUUACACACACACACACACAAAGGGACACCAGAUACUGAGUAAAGGAAGCACCUUCAUGUCUUGAAUUGCUGAGAAGAGGAUGAUGAUGUACAGGUCACAUCAUCCAACCACUGCCAGCCUGCGUCGGGAGGUGCGGCUGCGGCGAUACAGACAGCUGCUGCUCCUCAAUGCCAAGCUGGCAGACCCCACCAACCCCCUCACUAAGUACACCGAACACCACUUCCAGGAGAUGUACAGGUGGAGUGGCUGGUGCUUCUCUCUGUCAGUCCUCCUUUCAACUCUCCAAGGAAUCUUUCCAUGAGCUGCUCUCAAUCAUCGAGGGUGACCUUGACCGCCUGGAUAAUCGUGGCCGCCCCCUCCCUGCCUCCUACCAGCUGCUGCUUGCUCUGCAUUUUUACUGCACAGGUUCAUACCAGAAGGAAGUAGGGGAGCAGCAUGGCCUGGAGGUGAGUCAGCCCACUGUGUGCCGCACCAUUCACCGUGUCUCAGAGGCAUUGGCUCAGCGCUACAGCCAGUUUGUGGUGUUCCCCUCAACCACUCAGGCUUCAGAGAUACAUGAGAGAUUCUACAAGGUGGCACGGUUUCCAAAUGUCAUCGGUGCUAUUGACUGCAUUCACAUGAAGAUCUCAAACCCAGGGGGCACCAUGGCUGAGCAGUGUCGCAACAGUAAGGGCUGGUACUCUAUCAACUGCCAGGUGGUGGUGGGGCCUGACAUGCGCAUCCUCACUGCCAUAGUACGUUGGGGUGGCAGUGUUCCUGACUGGCUGAUAUAUGAUAACUCCAGGCUGCGUAGGGUCCUUGAACAUGGUGAAUAUGGGCACCUGGUAGGGGAUGCAGCAUACCAGUGCCAACGGUACCUCCUGACACCAUUGCCUUGCCCAUCCACGCCUGCAGAGAGGAGCUACAACCGUGCCCACUCCUCCACACGACGCAGGGCAAGGCGGGCAUUUGGCAUGAUCCGCCGUCGCUUCCAGUGCACGGCCAGGGAACUCCGCUCCAACCCCAAGACGUCGUGUGCCGUCAUACUGAGCUGCUUUGCUCUCCAUAACUUCAUACUUCAGCGUCAAGGCCCUCAGGAGGAUGCUGAGGCUCUUUACGCCCCUGACGAUGGCCCCCAGGAUAGGUUCUCUGGGGAAUGUGACCCUGAGGGCGAGUCAUACCGCCAGCACAUCAUUCACGAGUGGUUCAGCUCUGACGCACCAGAGGAGGAGAGAAGUGGGAGAGAGUAAGGCAAGAUAUGAAUAUCUUCCCUGAGGGACAUUCUGGGCUGGGCUGUAAGUACCCCCACAAGGGAAGAACAUGGCUUGGGAAAACUUACAGAAACUAAAAACUCCAGCGAUAUGCAGAUUCAUGCAUGCAUGACCACAUACCAUUCCCUCUCAUCUCUUGACCAUCUUGCUGACCCAGCUGGGUCGGAUCACUCUUUGCCAUGGAACCAAUUAGUCAAGUUACUUGUUGUUUCUAUGUCUCGUUUGCCCACUUUCUUACCCAGCAGUUUUCCCCUUCACCCCUCAUGGCCUGUGAGACUUGCUACGGACUUGUGUGGGAUGAUGCAUGCAGUGGGCGGGGGGAGGGGAAAGGUUAAUCGGUACACCUGGCUUUCCCUCUCCCCCCAUUCCCCCCCUCUCUCCACCUUUUGUUUCACCUUGUUCUCCAGUGUGGGCAUAGUUAUGGUGUUGGUGGAGCCAUGUGGUUCUGAUGGGGGGCCUGGGGAGAGGGUGGUGGAGCCUCCAUGCUUGUUCCCCCUCUCUCUCCUUCUCACAGUCUUCUCGUUGCCUUACCCUUUCUCCCUUGUAGUGGGCUGUUGCCUCAGGUAAGGGGGGAUUUGGGAUCUCCCCAUCUUCUUUGGGAAGCCACGUGUGUCUGGCAUAGGUCAGGACCAGCCAGAUAUGGGUGGCAUUAGCUGGAUCUCCUGGCUCUUCCCACUCUCCUCCCUUGUUCCUUCCUCCUUCUUUUCCACCUUGCCCAGCAUCCCUGGACAAGCUGGGCAUUUUGUAAGUGUCUCUUUCAUGCUUGGACUUCCUUUGUAUAAUAAGGUAAGUGUAUGUGGGUCGAGCAAGGCAGGAUAGGGACAAGUACAGGGGGUAGAGGCUUUGGCUUUUCCCUUCCCCCUCUAUUUCUGUCCUACCUCUCUCAGCUCUGUUUUUCCCCUUCCCUGCACCCUCUUCAUGUGUAAAUAGGUACGGGAUGUAACUCGAGGGGUUGUGGCCUCACUGUCCCGGUGUGUGGAGUGUGUUGUGGUCUCAGUCCUACCCGAAGAUCUGUCUAUGAGCUCUGAGCUCACUCCGUAAUGGGGAAGACUGGCUGGGUGACCAGCAGGCGACCGUGGUGGUGGUCUGUUUGGAUGUGCUUUGUGUCCCUCAGGGUUCUUCAUGGUAGGGCAGGGAGGCGGACAUGUUCUCUGUGCUGCCUUUAGGCAACUGAGGUGGGUGCAGGGGGGUCAUCUCAGGUAUCAGCCAUCCCCACCCUCCUCUCUAUCAUUCUCUCCCAACUUUGUGGCUUGCCAGGAUAGGGGAGCAGAGAAAGGAGGUUGUACAUUGUGACCCCUUUUUCUCUGUUUCAGACAAAGCAUGUGUGUGCAAGACCUGGCUGUUCCAUCAGGAUUUAACCUAAUAGUUACAGCCUUUGCUUGCCCACAACCGUAGCAUCUCCUAAGCCAGCUUCAAUCCCCUUGUUUGUCCUGUCUGUCGUUUGUGAGUGGCUGAGGUCCAGAUGGCCCCACCAGGACUGCAUCCCAAGCUUCCUGCACAGGGGUUGGCAGAAGGCAAGGAAACUGAAGUCUGGGCAGAUAAGCUCUGCUGUAGGCGGGCGGUGCUGAGCUAGGCCUCACCCGCUCCCAGGAUUUGCCUUCCGGCAUCCCUGAGUUGUCUGAGGGUGAGCACCCCAGGCCUCUUGGGAGACACUGUUCGUUGGAUGGUUUGAAGGGUGAUCCUCCUGGAGGAAGCCCCUCUCAACAGCCCUACACCUUUGAUCUCCCUGGGCCUGCAGACGUGACCCAGCGGCUGAGGCACACGUCUUCCUCUGCUUUAUCUUCAUCCACCAGCUCAUCCCCAUCCUUUUGUGCCCCCUCUCCUCACUGUAAAGCAACAGUGACAGGCAAAUGAGUUCAGGGGUCACUAGAUGCCCAGUAGCGGCCCCUCUCCAAUCCCUAUUAAGUUCUCUCGAUUCGGCCCUAUCUCACUUCCCAGCCAUACCCCUCGCCUCCAUCUCUAAUGUAUCAGCAGUCACCAUGAUGAGGACCUGAUUGAGGAUGCUUGCCAAGGGCUUCAAGAAUUUUCUCUGGGAGAACUGAGAUAAAUGAUUGUCUCUUCAUGGAGUUUAAAACCCCCUGCUAGGCAGCAGGUGGGUCUGCUAGGUGAGCAGGUGCAGGGCACAGGGUGUGUCAUGCUUCUGCAUACUGUGCCUUAGGUUUAGCGUCCUCCCAGCCAGCCCCUUCUGAUUUUUUCUGUUAUUACAGGGACACUUUGAUGUCAGCAGCCCUGCCCCCAGCUGUAAGGGCUUUACCAAAGGCUCAGUUGUCGUCCUGACAGUCCACUGUGCAGUCCACACCGGAGUUAGCCCCGUGAGGCACAGUGAAGGCAGCGCCCCUGUCCUGCAGUCUGUUCAACCAGGAACUGACUGAUCAAGUCUUAUCAUCUAUCCUGGCUAUCAUCAAUAUCCAACCUCCUUCCCUAUCAAGAUAUAAAGUCCCAGCCCCAUCCUCAUUCCCGCUGCGACAGCGGACCUACUGCCCACCAUCCACAAGGAGGAAUGACCAGCACCAGCUAGUACAUUGUCCCAGCCCUUUUGGUACCAGCAGACACACAGCACCUCGCAGCCUUGGAGCCUCAGCGGGCUCCUACCCAGCCCCGGCGGCAUCAUGCCCUGCCACUUCGAAGCCCAAGGGCUUCUAAGGGUCCUCAGGCAGGGGUGUCUACUGGGCUGGCAUAUCGCGUUGCCAGCGUACAGAUAGGCUGCCAGGGUCAUUGGCCAUGGCCUCAGAUUUUCUCCUCUGGUGAGCCUCUGUCCCCCUUUUGUCUGGGUGGUUUUCUGGCACCAGUCUGUCAAGUAGUUUAGCUCCUCCUCCUGUAGCCAGUCUGAUUCCUUGUUUUCUUUUCCUACAACCGCUUUGUCAUCCGCCUGCUUCCUCCAGGGUGUUGCUGUCAGUGGUCCCACUUCAAAGAGUUUGUUGAAAGGGGAGUGGUGGAAAGAGUGGCAGGGCAGGUCCUCCUGUUCAUCUCUUUACCAUACCAAAGGAAGACCCAGGUUAAUCAAGGCUGGUUUUGGACCUUAGCACACCAAACAAGUUCUUGAAGCUCCUAUUAAGAUUCAAGAUGGUGUUAGCGAUCCAGUUUUGGUCACCACCCCUGGAGAGAGAUUAGUUAGCAUCCCUGGACCUCCAUGAUGCAUAUUGGCAUGUCCCUAUCCACCACCAGUUUCCCUCAUUUUUGGCAUUCCAUGUGGGGAAAGAGACAUACCAAUUUACUAGACUCCAAUUUGAUCUCUCGCUUGCCCCAAGGGUCUUCACAAAGCUAGAAAGUGUGGUUGGGGACGCCUAGCGAAGGCAGGUGUCUCCAGUCUCAUGUACCUAUAUGACUAGUUGAUACGUUUAUCCACCAGGAAGUGUGUAUCACAGAGCAUGUGGGUGAUGUUAAAGGUAUUAGCAGAAAUGGGGUUCAGGGUAAACUUGGGCAAGUCUGCUCUCACUCCCACACAAAAGAUUUGUUGGCUCAGGACUGAGUGGGACAUGGUCAGGGCCUGCCUGGCACUGGCUCCAGACAAUGCCUUUAGGAUGCUCCACUGCAUCAAAAGGGCUUACUCUUCCUGUACUUUCUCUCGAUGUCAUUGGGACAGCCUGCUAGGUUUCCUCAACUUUCUGGCUCCAACACUUCCACUGGCCUACUAGAAGCCCUGUGCCCUGGUUCUUCACUGCCUGCUGCAACCCUGGCUCCAGUCAGGGGCCCUCCACCAGUCAUUACUGUGGUCUCAACCCCUUUCCCUUAUAACAGUGGCAACAGAUGCCUUGGAAAUAGGGUGGGGCUUCCAGUCCAGCUGGAGUCAUCAAGCUUAUGGGGUUUGGUCAGAGGAGGAGAGGCCAUUCCACAUCAAACUUUGGGAGCUGUCGGUAGUCAGAGUGGCUCAAGAUCUAUGGAUUAAGCAUCCACUUUGACAUGGACAAUUUGGCAGCCAUACACUACUUGCAGAAGCAGGGGACAGCACGUUCAGACCCACUUCUGGCCAUGUUAGAAGAUGUCUUCGAUUAGGCAGCACACAGGUCCCUUUCCCUCUCAGAAAACAACUGGACAGACAUACUCUCCAGGUUCUGGGGAGUGACAGCUGUCCCCACGGGUGUCCCACUCGCACACUCUGUUACGGUACCGCAGCAAUCAACCCAUUUGCCUCCCUGGACACAACUCGGCUGCCCCUCUACCUCAAGUACUGUCAGAGGAUGCUCACAGGGGGACCAGAUACCUUCACAGACGACUGGAACUGAUGGGAGUACAUGGACAUUUUUCUACCUACCGUGACUCUAGUGUCAUCCAUGGACAUUUUUCUACCUACCGUGACUCUAGUGUCAUCCUGAAGGUGAUAAGGGCCCUCAGGUCCUUCAAGGGUCAGGUCCUCCUGAUAAUGCCUUACUGGCAAGCCCAACCAUGGUUUGGGAAGCUAGUGAGGAGGUGCCCCCUCCCCCACUCCUCCUAGGCUUAACUUGCCUAGCAAGCAACCUAGCUACACUGUUCCAACUACACACUUGGAGUUUCUGUGGUGAGCUUUUGGCCAACGCUUCUCUCCAGGUACAGUAGCCAAAAUGCUGAGAGCCCAUCGCCCCUCCUUUGUGUGACAAUAUGAGUCCUGCUGGUGAUGGUUCCAGGACUACUUAUGGAAGCACACCCUGGAAGCCAUAUCAUCGGCCAACACGGUUCUGGACUUCUGUUGGACACUUUAAUCCUCUCCAGGGGUGAACUAGGUUGCUGAUCUAACUGGUGCAGAGAAACUCAGAGACUGGUGAAUCUGCAGUGCUGAUGAAUUGCCCCAUCACAAGUCUGUUGAGGAAAGAGACAAGAAUACUAGUUAAUUAUUGUUAGUUAAGGGGUAGUUUACGCUAAAAUACAUGCAUUUUCAUCACAAAGUGUUUUUGAAAUUCCUGCAUCAAAAAAUCAACCAACACUUUGGCAACAUCCAGGUAGAAAAAGUUUUGUCUUCUCAUUAAUUUAAAGGGCUCUACGCAGUAUUUAAAGACCCUGCUGUCAGCCCCGCACAUGUUUAAAGGUCCACUGCGAAGGAAAGGAAGGGUGUAUAAAUGUCAUCAUUUUUCUAUAUUUUUCUAUAUUUUUUAUUUUUUUAUCUGGUGAGAUAUGGCAUCUUAUAGUCUCACUAUGAGGGAGCUUGUGACACAGCCUAGCACAGAGACAAAGACAGUGACUGACGAGACUCGAGAGGACGAAGAUAUACAACGCCUUGUUCCAUCACACGCUUCCUUUCCUUGGAUUUUGAGCAUUUCUUGGUUUGUUCAUCAUGCCAAGACUUUUUGUCUUACAUAAGAAGAAGAGAGGCCAUGCUGAAGGCAAGAGCUUCCCGUAAAAGGGAAAAAAGACAAGGCAUCAGAGAGUGGCAACACCAAUGAUCUCACGCCACCCUCACAGCUCGCGGCAUGUGCUGCCUCCCCUUCCCGCCAGCCCCCUGUUUCAAGUGCAGAGAAGAGAAAGAAAUUAUCCUGUAGCAUAGAAACACCCAAGGAGGUAUUGGUGAACAUUAUAAUUACCAAGAAAAAUCUUGCGAAACUGUGUGAUAGUGUGGUGUGCCAGUGGUGCUUUGAACCUAAAUUAGAAUGCAAAUUUGUACUUUCCUGAAAGUUAUUUGUUCAAAGUGCCACAAAGUUGCAGAACACUACCCCUGACAUUGAAAAGUUAGAGGGUAAGCGUUAUUAUCCAGUAACACCAAUGAUGGUGUACUUUGUUAUGAUGUUAGAGUUGGAUAUAGUGGUGUGGAAACUCUAUGGAAUGUUCAGCUUACAUUUCACAUAUAGCAAGUACUUACACUAUUACAAACAUGUAACAAAUAAGGCUAUCAAGCAUGCCACUGAUCUUUUUCGUGUGAAUGUUCGACUUUUAUGCUGAAAAACUGAAUAGGAUGCCAGAUGAGAGUGGCAUGCUGGACGCUGAUGUCAGUUUUGACAGCAUGUGGCCACACAUCACUAGUUGGUGCUGCUGCUGUUAUUGAUAUGCACACGAGUCUUAUAGUUUUGUAUGUAAGCAACAUGAAACUGCUCUCACUAAGAAGAUGAUCACCCAGGAGGAAUACAAUGAGUGGCAAGUGAAUCACGUGGAAUAGUGUAAUGUAAACUAUGAGGGCACGUCAGGCAGCAUGGAGUCUGCUGCUGCUCUACAAAUGUGGGGUAGGUCCCUACAACACAAUAUGCGUUACGUACACUUUGUCAGUGAUGGUGACAGCAGUGCUUUCAAAGCAGUAAAGGAAAGUAACAAUGGUUGACAGCAGUGCUUUCAAAGCAGUAAAGGAAAGUAACAAUGGUGAAGGCCCCUAUGGGAAAGAACAAGUAAUAGAAAAAUGGGACUGUACUAAUCAUGUUGCAAAAGGACUUGGCACAGGGCUUAGAAAUUUACGUAAGACACUUACAUAGAAGUUGACAAAGAUGGAAGCAGGAAGAGGUCAGUCUUGGUAGGAAAGAACAAGCUUGCUGACAAAGCAAUUGAUUGGCUGCAAUACUAUUUCAAGCAGUCGAUCAAGAGAAAGGUGAACACCACUGAGAAGGCCAUGAGGGAUCAAAUCAUGUUCUCCUUUUAUCACUGCAGCUCCUCAGAUGACAAACACAACCAUGAACUCUGCCCUAAAGGCAAAGAUUCGUGGUGUUUCUACCAAGCUGCAUUAGCAAAGGGAGAAACGCCACCUAGUCAUUCUGAGAUGAAGUUUUUUUCUCCUUCCUACCUGAGCAGCUGGAACUAGUGAAGGAGGUUUAUACUCGUCUCACUACGGAUGAAAUAAUGAAGAGAUGCCUUCAGGGACUUACCCAAAAUCCUAACGAGUCCCUUCACAGUCGUAUCUGGAUGCAUUGCCCUAAGCACAUCAGUGCAGUCAAGAGGAAACUCGACUUUGUGACAGUGGUAGCGACGAUGGAAUAUAAUAAUGGUUACGUCGCAAGUAAUUUACAUGUAAGCUUGGGUCUACCCUAUUCUUCCAUCCUUGCCAAGGCUCUCAGAGAAAAGGACAAAAUGAUGAACAGGCCCUUAGCUAAGAAGAUGAGAAACAAGUGGCUGCAACGAGAACUCUUCUACACAUAGGGGAGUUUCUGACGCGAGGAUGGAGUGCCACAGCGCGGAAUCUUUCAUCACGUUUUCCUCGAAAGUAUCACCAUCAUCUUUGGAGUGAAAGAUACCAACACGGAUGUACAUUUACAAUAAAAUUUUCAUGAGAAUUAGAUGGGUUGGCUAUCACACAAAUGGCUUGCCGACGGCGAGCCGUUUAACUGCGUUCGUCCCCCAAAAUAUCAUUCGUUCCCUGGGUCGAUAUGUUGACAAAUUUUUUGGUCUCCCGAAUUGUUCGUCCUUAGAGACGGUUCAUCAAGCGAGGUUUUACUGUAUAACAUUCCUUAAUUUUGCAAUGUGUCAUCGAUAUAGUACCAUGACUACAGCACAAGGAAGAGAUGAAGAUGUCAAUUAUGACACAGAUAAUUCAGGCAUCCAACCACCCUCAAAUAAACAAAAUCAAGCUUACUUACAAACAAAAGUUUAAUAAUGAAUAAUUCCAACUUCUUUGGUUCAAAUGUUGGCUAAAGGCAUCUCAUGGAGAUUCAAAAUCCACUUACUCAGUUUGUUGCUCAGUUUGUUCUGCAUGAGUAACUUGUUUAACAUCAGGUAUUGAGAGACAUGGAAAAAAAUGCUAAGCAAACAGCAAAAAUCAAAAGUGCUAAGUCUCAAGGGAGUGUCAGCAAUUGUUUUGUUUCAAAUCAACAACCUAUAGCCCAUAAGAUGUUAACUGAAAGUAGAAUCUCGAGUUUUCUUCCUGAGAAUAAUGUACCAUUUUCUUUAUCAAAGCCGUGACUUGAUAUCUUUAAAGCUACAUGUCCUAGUUCAGUGGGGAGACAAGCAUUAAAGGAAUUGAAAAUGUAAAGCAAAGCACAGGGCAGGACAUGGAAAUAAAAUUUCUAAAUCUUUGGUUGAAACUCUGAAGACAACUUUGUUCAGUAUUAUACCAGAUGAAACUAUUCUGGUAGCUCUCAUGGAAUGGAGGUUGCUGAGGCAGUUAUUUUGCAGAAGCCUCGAAAAGAAAUUGAAACACCACAUUUAUCUUAGAUGGUGACAGCUUGGCUUAUGAUGCAGUAUUGAAAAUCAACAACUGUGAUGGGCUAUAUUGUGGUGUUGGGAUAGCCAAAGGUGAAUGCAUGAAUCACAUGUCAAAAAGACUUAGUUUUAAUGAUAUCUUAGUGAAUCUUUUUUUAGUUUUAAGCAUAUUUGCUGCAUUUAUCUUUAAAAUUUGGCAAAAUAAAAAUAAAGUUUAUCGUAAA